GUGGUCGGGGAGGGCUGGGUUGGGGCUCUGGGAUCUGCUCGCCACUCAGGUGCAAAGAUGGGGUGCUUCACCUUUAUCAAGGUUAUGAUGAUCCUCUUCAACCUGGCCAUAUUCCUCGGUGGCGGGACCCUCCUGGGAGUUGGUAUCUGGGUCACAAUGGAUGGACAGUCGUUCCUGAAUAUAUUUGGGGCGCUCUCCUCUAGCGUCCUGCAGGUCGUGAAUGUGAGCUACUUCCUCAUCGUCAUUGGUUCCAUCCUGCUGGUGAUCGGCUUCCUUGGGUGCUGCGGCGCCCAGAAGGAGAGCAAGUGUCUCCUGAUGAUGUUCUUCUCGGUGGUGCUGAUCAUCUUCAUUGCCGAAAUUGCUGCUGCUGUGGUGGCUCUGGUCUACACAGGUCUUGCAGAGACGCUGCUGACAGCUGUGGUGACCCCUCUCCUGAAGGAGAAGUAUGGGGUGGAUAGGAGUCUCACGCACAUCUGGAAUGUCACCAUGAGUGAGGUCCAUUGCUGUGGCCUGAAUAACUACACAGACUUCACCGACUCCUACUGGUAUCAGGAACAUGAAACCUACCCAGAGCCCUGCUGUAAUGACAGGCAGCCCUGCAAUGGCACACUCGCCGCACAAAGCAAAGUCCCGGGUUGUUUUGAUCAGAUCUUGGAAGAAAUCAAGACUAACGCAGGUGUAGUGGGUGGCGUGGCAGCCGGCAUCGCUGCCUUGGAGAUUGCAGCCAUGGCGGUUUCCAUGUACCUGUACUGCGAGCUGGAUCAGAAAUGACCCCACGAGGCAGGAGGAUGAUCUGCUCCUCCACCAUGCUGGGGUGCGCCUGUGGCGUGCCGUGCUCUUGGGGAGGACCCCAUCGCUCCCUGGGCCUGAUGCUGUCCUGUGCACUGUGAUUUAUAGCUGUGUUUUGAUCUACUGAGCUGGGAUCUGUAGAGUUUAUGUGUAUAUUUUUGUACUGAUAUGGCACAUGCGGUCUGUACAUAGAGCUUUGGGGGGGUGAAGGGGGCAGAGGGGAAGCUGCUUGGUCGGUUUGGGAGGUAAAGCAGCACGGGCUGAUCAGGGCUGCUGAUCUGGCAGCGGCACAGCGAUGUCUUCAUUAAACCCUUGCAGGCAUGUACUGUACUUCUCCCACGCUGUCCCCAUGGUGUCCUUAUGCCGGGGCUGGCAUUGGGGCUGGCCUGUGCCCCCUUUGCAUCACUCGACUGAACUGGGGCUGGUGCCCAGCCAAGGUGUUGUAGGUGGUAACUGCACUCUGAGGUAGGGAUGUAUCUACCCCUACACCCAUUUUCUGCCAGUCCUGACCCUGUCACUGUUGUCCCCUAAAAGAGAUGCUGGAUGGUCUUUGUCCCUGCCCUGGUAUGAAGACAGUCCUGUCCAUCCCUGGCCCUGUGGUGGCCAGGGCUGCCCUAUACCCCCUGUCAUUUCAUGGCUGAGCCCCCCUCCAUGCUGUAAAGAAAAACAAAUAAAUUUUUCAUCUU